GUUUAUUUGCCGAAAAUAGCUUUCCGUUAUCGAAUUGAAAGCUCUUUCAAAUGGAUAAGCUAAAAUGACAGCAGCAAGGACAAACGUUGAGGUUCUUUUAAAGAUGGCAUUAUAUACAGUUUUAGAGACGUUUGAGAACGACAUGAUUUCUGUCUAGUUAGAUCUGGAGUCUAGUGUUCUUCUUAGAUCAGGUCAAAUAAAGGCCGUUUCCUUGCUUAAAGUUUUGUUAGAGUUAUAACCCUUUACAUUAAAAACUGCGAUUAUUUUCUAUAAGAUACGACAAACAAAAAUUUAGAAAAAUCUAAUCUAUGGCCCAUGUAAUCUAGUGUAGUAGACAGAGAAUUUAUCUAGAAUCUUGAUCAAAUCUAGAUCUAGAUCCAAGGACGAGAUUAAACUUAGUCGCAAGCCAUGACCUUGCAAGCGGGACUAUGUACAGCUUUAACUUCUAGCGCACUGGAUAAACUUAGGGCUCAUGGUGUAAAAACUGCGACUGAUUUCAUCGUCAAAGUCAAAGAUAUUGAAGUUCUAUCUCAAGAAACUCUUAUUCCCUAUAAAGAUCUCUGCUCAAUUCAAAGAGUUCUGCUGGCAGAACAUUCAGCAUAUCCAACACUUGCCUCAUGUUUGUAUGAAAAAGCAAUAGCAUCUCUGAUGAUUCUUUCCACUGGCUGUCAAAGUCUUGAUGACUUGCUUGAUGGAGGUCUCUACACAGGGGAGCUAACUGAACUGGCUGGUGACAGUGUAUCUGGUAAAACUAAGAUCUGUCUAUGGUGUGCUGCCAUGACUGUUCUGGUUGGGGACCAUUCUGUUGUUUAUAUUGACUCAUCCUCCUCAUUCAGUGCUGGCUAUUUGAAAGACAUAAUGUCCAAAAACAUUGGGCCAGGACAGAGUUUGAGUGAUGACUUAAUUAGGUCAAAACUUCAGAAGGUCAAGUACACCCAAGUGUUUGACAUCUAUGAUUUAUUUUCUGCACUGGAUGCCAUUAUGACAGAUUUAAACCAACAGACUCCUGUAAAGUAUCCUGAUUUAAAGUUACUAAUAGUUGACAGUUUGGCUUCUCUCAUUUAUCCAAUCAUGGGAGGAAACAUAAGUUUUUGUCAAGGUCUUAUAUGCCAGUUAGGAUUAAAAUUAAAACAGCUUGCCACACAUUAUUCCUUGGCUGUUUUGGUCACCAACUAUCUGACAUCUUCUUUCAAUGGUGGUAAGAAGAAACCAGCACUGGGUAAAGCCUGGUCACAUGUACCACACAUGAGAGUGAUCCUGCAGAAACCAGUUGGAGGACAGGGUCCAAGCAGAGAAGCAGUUCUAGUCAAAAGUAAUAGACAGCAGACACCUAAAUCUGCCCUAUUUUCAUUGGAUAAAGAUGAACCUUAUGAGCCUGGAUGAUGCAAGGGUCAAGGUUAAAUUAUAUGUUAUUUCAUAUUUAGAAAAAAAAUUUAAUGCUCAAAUAUUUACAUUUUUUUACAUUAAAAUAUUUUUUUUUUGUUUUAUCAA